UAUCGGAAGCUGGCCUUGAAGAUCCAUCCCUUAAAAUGCAAGGAGCCCUGGGCACCAGAGAGGUUCAGGCAGCUGGCGGAGGCCUACGAUGUGCUCAGCGACCCCAUGAAGAAAGGCAUCUACGACAAAUUUGGAGAAGAAGGUCUCAAAGGUGGCAUACCCUCUGAGUUCAGUGAUGGCAACCCCUGGACUGAAGGCUACGUGUUUCACAACAACCCUGACAAAGUCUUCAAGGAGUUCUUUGGUGGAGACAACCCAUUUGCAGAGUUCUUUGCCGAGGAUGGCUCAGAGUUAACCCUGCCCUUUGGAGGGCUGCAAGGACGAGGAGCAAUGAAGCAAGACCCCCCGAUAGUGCGAGAUCUCUACCUCUCCCUUGAAGACCUCUUCUAUGGCUGCACCAAGAAGAUUAAGAUCUCCCGUAGGGUGAUGAAUGAAGAUGGUCGAACGAGCACCAUCAAAGAUAAGAUCCUAACGAUCGACGUGCAGCCAGGGUGGAAGCAGGGCACCAGAAUCACCUUUGAGAAGGAAGGAGACCAGGGUCCCAAUGUUAUUCCAGCUGACAUCACCUUUGUUGUCCAAGAGAAACUCCACCCUAGGUUUAAAAGAGUCAAUGAUGACCUGACUUAUGUCACCACCAUCCCCCUGGGAAAGGCGCUGAUCGGCUGCUCGGUGAACGUGAAAAUGCUGGACGGGAGGCUGCUGAACAUCCCCAUCAACGACAUCGUGGACCCCAGUUACCGUAAAGUGGUGCCAGGGGAGGGGAUGCCGCUGCUCCAGGACCCCCGGCGCAAGGGUGACCUCCUCAUCUACUUCAACAUCUGCUUUCCCAAGAAGCUCGUGCCUGAGCAGAAAGCACUUUUAAGAAGCGCUCUCCUGUCCUAG